AUGCCAUUAAGCCGAGGAACGAUCGGCAAGCCACUUUAUCCCGGGGAGCACCUUCUCGAUGUCUUAAGCAAUGAUAUCGACAUAUGGAUCCUCGAUAAAUACGAUACAACUGUUGAACGGCGAUGUGUGUGUGGAAUGUUCCAAUCGGCUCUACUAGAGGCCAUUCCAGAGGUCCACACAGACAUGCAACGCCUUCUUUACACCGACAAUUCAAUUUUUUUGGACUCAUUUGAAAACGCGACCAGUUUCGAUUGUGUGCCAAUGGGUGCCGUUUCUUACCAGGAUCACUGGACAGCCAUACCUGAUUCCUCAUCUCUCUCGUUGAGACCCCGACAGAAGGAAGAAUGGGACAAGUUUGGUCAGGCGAUCGCAAUUAAAAUAAUCGAUGACAUUGCUGAAGCUCUUGAGGAGGUUAAGGAGACGAGGGCUCUAAAUCGUCUUUGUUACAGUCAUCCAAACCUGCCGCAAUUUAUGGGAGUAUAUGUAAACAAUCCCGUCGACGACCUUCUGCAACCACAGGUAUGGAUUGCGAUGGAACUUUGCGGUGGUGGCACCGUCACAGAAUUGGCAAAGCGAUGCGCCAAAUUAAUUCCAUGUCUAACUGAAAUAUGCCCAAACGAUCUCCUUAACAAAGCAGUGCCCCGGAAUUCCCCAAAACACCCCGAUCUGGUGAACCAGCUCGCAGUUGUUCAUUGUCCCUGCCUAACCCACCGCCGUGCCCGAAACAAGCGUCGUCUAGAGCAGGGUCUUAAAAGACGCGGGGUUUCCACCAAGACUUCCCACGGUCUUUUUAUCCCGAGGAGCACCAACUUAGGUGAAAUUGCACUUGGACGGCUGCCAACGCCUGUCAUCAAGUAUCUCCUAUUUUCAACUGUCUCUGCUUUGGCCCAUCUUCAUUCUUUCGGUGUCAUUCAUCGCGACGUGAAAGGCAGCAACAUCUUACUGACAGAUAAUGGAGAGGUGAAAUUGGUAGAUUUUGGGAUUUCCUGCCGCCUUAAGGACAGCCUUGUUGGCCGAACAACCAUCAUUGGAACGCCUUACUGGAUGGCUCCAGAGGUAAUUGAUACAGAGAAGUGUGACGGCUACGACACCCGUGCCGAUGUCUGGUCCCUCGGCGUGACUGGACUAGAAUUGUGGGAGGCAGAGCCCCCACUAGCUGGAGUUCCACCAAUGAAGGCCUUCUCUCUCAUCACCCACGGUCCCCACCCUCUGUCUCUCUAUGCCUCCCCUUCCAGUCUUUCAGAAAUCGAUGAAAACGAUAAUUCCAAUGAGGUGCUACGGACCUGCAAUGACCACAUGCCUUCUGAAAUGAUGGAUUUUCUUUCCAAGUGCCUGGAUAAAGAUCAUCGUCGUCGGCCUUCGUCUACGGAACUCUUACAACACCGCUUUCUGGCCUGUUCUCAAAUGUCUUUCGCAAAGGCUCGCAAUCUUCUGCUUUCCCUGAUGCGCUCCCUCCCCGCUACUGGCAUUGCCGCCAGACGUUUAUCCGAGCCGCCGAAAUUGAAGUACCCUCUAGUGAAGCAGCAAAUGGAGCCGGUUAGUGAAACAGAAGCCAAUUUGGAGUCUAGGGCUGGUGACGUGGGGACUAACAUUGCACCAUCAACAGCCAAUGCUUCCAUGGGCCAGCGGUACACGUCGACCGUCUCGUUAAACAUCUCGUCUUUAUCCUCCGUGGUUUCGACUCCAUCAGCCGUUAACACAGACACUGCGUCCACUGUCUGUGCAAGGAAGCUGAGUGCAGAUAAUCCACCUGACACAGGAAGCACAAAUAACACCCAAGAGUCACUCCUAACUAACGCAAUGGACCCACCAACUUAUCCGUAUCCCCAUCAGAGCACCCUUCGGGGUUCCACUGCAUCCACGACGACCAGCACCAUGGCCGCUUCGCCCCUUCAUCGCAGUCAAAGCGCAAAGUUCUGCAGCUCCGCACCAACUUCUUCCAGUGCCUACUUCUCCGGUAACUCCAGGACUGAGGACUACGAACGAGGAGUGGGGGGUGGAAAGGAGGAGAUCGCAGAGCCCCGAAGUGACAUCGACAUGGAGUCCUCGGGAGAGUACGAGCGCGAGGAGGAAGCGGAGCUUCCAGUGGAGUUGGAAGUUGAUGGCCCACUUCAGGCGCUGAAACAAGACGGUUGUUACACAGACGUCAACGGUGUUCUCGUGUACACCCCUCCCACAUCCGAGUACCGGAGCCUCUUUCAAGUGGACAAAGAUGAGUUGACGCGUUUGGCGGCUAAGAUUUUGAACAAGGCUCGGGGAGAGGGCAGAGACCAGAUUGUCUGUGUCGUCGGAAAAUCCCACGAUCCAGCCUUCAGUUUGUGCCAACUCAUUUUUGAAGAAAUACCUUUCCUCCUUGACACCACAAAAGAGUUAAUUCGCACCACCUAUCUUAUCUCGGAGAAACUUUGUGGGCGACAGGAGCUCAGUCUACAGAGCAUUGAAUUCGCGCUCUCCAAAGAUUUCAGGGCAUUAGGUGUAUCUACAAAGGCCUCCUUUUGUCCAUACACCAGCUUUCGACCGCUCGUUGACAGCCCGCUUCUUCGUGGAUUUCGGGCCCUCUUUGCGUUUAGACCGACCAAUGUGUGCCAAUCAAAAGAUAUUUCCGAAGUUGUUCAGUUCCAACUUCUAAUCAUGUCGGCUGGAUUCAGCCCCCAAGACAUAAUCGGCAUGUACAGAAUUCUUUUGGCAGUGGCUGGAAUGACUUCUCUAGGGAGGUCUGCAGUCAAAGUAACGAAGGUCUCGCCGACGAUUGGGAACCUAAGAACCCUCCCAGAGAACAUUUAUGACAACAUCCAGAAAAAUAUACUCCGGGGGGAUCCGCUGAAUCCCGCUUUGUUACCUUUUGUGACUCCUGAAGAAGUUGCAAAUCUACUUGGAAUCAGUGCGAGGAGUUUCACGCGACUGAUUUACUUCCCGAGUAACCACCAAGAGUCGAUUUCGAAAACCGUCGUUUCGAGACACUUCUGGAGGUACCUGCACUACCGAAAACGGCGACUCUUUUCUCCGAACACGGUUUUUUCCCAGAAUGAUUCCGGUUUUUUCGAAGACUCCAGUGUUCGAAAGCUCUCUGUACAGAGGAAACGCGCGCACCACCAAGAUACACCCAUCCGUAUCCCCGGGUACUUCUUCAAGAGGCACAAUGCUGGCGAAAAUCCACUCGGGGUGUACCACUGUCGGGUGUUGAAACGCGUGGUUCCUCGGCGGCGAGGCAGGCGACAGCCCAAUCGCGAUGUUGUCAACACCCUUUCGAAGCACCUGUAUUCCCUCUGCAUCACCCUAGCUUUUGACCGGCUAAACGCAUUGCUCCACGCCUCCUUGAACAGGGACUCGAUGGAGCCUGCGUUUAAAAUCAAAAUUUGUACCUUCCACCCGGCGUCGAGAUCUCUCUUCUCAAAUGCGGUGCUGGACCUCCUCCACUCGCGUUUCGCCAAAACCCAAACCGAGAUUUUUGCACAGGAUACGCUCCAACGCACGCUCGAUGACUUCUUCGAGGAGCAAGCAAGGAUCAUUCUUGCCAGUCUGUCACAAACCUGCCACAAAAAGCACCCGAUGCCGCCCCGGGGGUCUGGCUAUCUGUCAAGCCUGACAAUGCGAGAUUUCAUAUCUCAGACAUUCCCUACCCAGCAAAGUGAUUCCGAGAAGUUCUUUGUCAUGCAUUACCACGGAAAGGAAACAUACUCCCUGAGCGACCUUCUCCACAGCUUCAGUCCCUUGCAUCAAAGUGAACAAAUUCUCAGGCUGCUGAGCUGUUCGACAUUUCCAUCGGUAAUCGACAGCAAGGUCAGACAAGAUGUGCACUCUUCCCCAGGCAUCAGCGGUCUUCUGCCCGAGCUUAUUUUAGUUAAGUUACAUUUUAUUUCCAGUAUACUCGACGACGGGAGAACGGAAUCAGUCGACUAUCCGCAGGGAAAGAGUUCCACGCCGCAGCUGUCCCCGUCAAUACCAGGAAAGUUGACCUCACAACGGCAUUUGAAGGUUUUCCAGGACUCUGGCCUGUUGAAUUUCGCUGCAAUCAAUAAUUCGGCCUCGGGAUUGACCGUUGUGCGAGGGCAUGAGUUGUUUAAGAUGUUGCGCGUCCUACAAUACGAUUGGCUGGAGGAAUCGAGUGCAACCCAGUCAAUCGAAGGCCUUGUCCGCAAGCUAACUACAGCGAAGCCAUGUUUCUCCACAGCUAAUGUAUGUCCACCCAGGUGGUUCUCAGCCAUGAGUCAGAAGCCAAGUUAUCGAACGGAGUGCAUUGUGAAGGCGUUUUCUCAUUUCGGACUACUGGAUGAAGUGUACUUUGUAUCUCCGGAUUGGGUUCUACUGUCUUCCAACGCUCUGAAGCGACUCAAAGUCGAGUUGUUUGCAAUGACUUCGGCGUGCAAGAAAAUUCAGCGAUGGUGGAAGCGUAGGCAUCUUGUUCGCAAACAGUACAUUUCCCAAGGCGAGUCGCCCUUAACACUGAUGGAUAUCUCCAAUUUGGCAGUGGUGUCCCCCAAAACCACAGACGAGGAAGAGGACAAACCACCACUUCUUGGUUCCCAGUCUAGCGACUCCAGCAUCUCGGCGUACGUGGUUGCUAACACAGUUGUCUCCCCGAUGCUCGCGAUCUCAACGCAGAACGAGGUGGCCAGGGAGGUCUUGCGUCGGCCUCCGCUGUCUGCCGGUGUCGCCUGGUUCGAGCCCCGCUAUCUCCGACCCCCUGCCUUUCCUCUGUCGGCCCGGAACGACCGCAGAAAUUCCACCGGGAGGCGCAUCCGCCGACGAGGUGCAGCAGGCGACCCUCAGGAAAUAGCCGCCAGGCGACCUGUCUCCUGGCAUGUGGAUCAAAUGGAGGCGCAGGUUUUGGCCCACAUGGAAAAACAGAAAGUGUUGAAUGGCGAGGCUCUGCCUGCCGUUAUGCGAAGGGGGGCCACAGAAGCACGAACCAAUUUGCAGAGAUCAGACAGCGAACAGCAUCACGAUCAGGGUCGUGCAAUGUCGGGCCAGUUCCACUCGAAAGACAUGCGUUCGAGGUUAAGUCACCGACACUCCUUCACCACUACCACCACCACCACUACCGCCCCGUUAGCAAAGUCAUCUGCUUCGUCGGCGGCAGAACUGGAUGAAUUCGCGCGGAUUCGAGCCGAAAUUACUCGUGGGGAGUUUAAGAAAACCCGGGACAGCGAUUUCCCAGCCGUGAGGCGACCCACCACCCCAACCGUCAUGGGCAUCACGCGACCGAAUAUGAAUCACCCCCAAUUCGCUAGGGGACCUCAGCCGUCUCGUCCGACCAAGUCCUUCAGUGUCUCCUCGAUUCACUGUUCUACUCCCGAUUUCCGGUAUCUCUGCAUAAAUGAAUCCAGAUCCUCCACAAAUUAUGACUUGAGCGAAGUGGAUGCGUCUGCGUCUGUCGUCCCAGUAAACAAACCCUGCGGUCUCCAAUUCGGUCCACCAUCGGCACCACUGCCACGAGCUCUACACCGGCGCCAACGUCCACAGACGACUCUCUUCGAUGGACCCAUGACUCCCAACCUCCUGCUCUUCAGUAGCGGCCUGGCUGGCGAGGGCAGAGAGGCACUGCGCCAGCCCACAGUGGGUUUCGUGAGGACCAGUGGGGGUCGCGUGGUGAUCCCGGUUAGUGGGCGGAAAUCCUCUGCUCCGGCUAUCUCCUCUUCGCAGAUCUUCGUGGUGGACAACCGCAGCACAGGCGGUGCUGGCUGUGCCAGGCACACGUGUUUCGACUGCUAG